CUACACGCCUAUGCCACAUCACGGCUCUCUUCCUUAUUUUUUUUAUUAUAACGUUUUACUGAGCUUUAUGAACAAACAUUGUCAGGAACAUUCUGUCAGCUCUCUUCUUUGAUUGGUUAGCCGCUGUUUUGCGUCACGUGGUAAGGCGGAGGCGAAGCCUCGUCAUCACACCGGAGUCAUGAACCGGGAGAGCAGCUUUAGGGCCCCCUCCAAGCGGCGCCUUCGAGGCUCUAACCCAAACAUGGCCACGCCUCACCAACUCUUUGAUGAUACCAGUUCAGGAGCUGGCCCUCAAGCGACAGAGUACCCCAACCAUGGUUCCCCAGCCCUCGGCAUACCAGCUCAGGCUUUCUUGUCGGAGCCAAUGUCCAACUUCGCAAUGGCCUAUGGAAGCAGUCUUGCUAGCCAGGGCAAGGAGAUGGUGGACAAGAAUAUUGAUAGGAUUAUCCCAGUGGGUAAACUCAAGUAUUAUUUUGCUGUAGACACAGUCUAUGUCGGGAAAAAGAUUGGACUGCUCUUCUUUCCCUUUAUGCACCAGGACUGGGAAGUCCGGUACCAGCAGGACAUCCCUGUAGCUCCAAGGUUUGAUGUGAAUGCCCCAGACCUCUACAUUCCAGCUAUGGCUUUUAUCACAUAUCUUCUGGUCGCUGGGCUGGCUCUGGGUACACAGAACAACUUCUCCCCGGAGAUCCUAGGUAUGCAAGCUAGUUCUGCCCUUGCCUGGCUCAUAGUGGAAGUGUUUGCCAUUCUUCUCAGCCUCUAUCUAGUGACUGUAAAUACCGACCUGACUACAGUGGAUCUUGUAGCAUUUUCUGGAUACAAAUAUGUGGGGAUGAUCUGGGCGGUUCUGUGUGGACUACUGUUUGGGAAGACCGGAUAUUAUGUGCUACUCGGCUGGUGCUCAAUCUCCAUAGUAUUUUUCAUGGUCCGGACUCUUCGAUUAAAGAUCUUGUCAGAAGCUGCAGCAGAAGGAGUUCUGGUGCGUGGGGCUAGGAACCAACUGCGUAUGUAUCUGACCAUGGCCAUUGCUGCAGUGCAGCCUCUGUUCAUGUACUGGCUGACAUAUCACCUAGUGAGAUGAUUCCCCUUCAGUCUAAGCCUGGCCUGAGA